AUGUCUCAAGAGUUACCGAAGAGGAUUUUUAAGGAGGGCGAGGAGACCCAAGUGACUCAGAUCAACAACAACUGCAGGAUCGACUUCAUUAUCAGAAAGUUGGAGGAAUGGCUGCCAAAUGAGUUGAGAGAAGUGAAGAAAGAUCCGGGAGCUGGUGACUUACAAACAGCACGAGCUCUGGUUGUCUUUACGAGGAGAGCACUUCGGUUUUCACUGCAAGAGUUCCACGCAGUAACCGGGCUUCAGUGCGAUACUAGUAUCUCGCUUAAGGAGUUCAGUGACUGUGAUGAUGAUGAUGGGUUCUGGAGCAGGGUAUUGAGGAAGAAAGAAGGGAUUACAGUCUACAAUCUGUGGAUUAAGCACAAUAAUGCGGUGAAGAAGUGGCGUAAUGCAGAUCGCAUCAGAUUGGUCUACCUUUGCAUCAUUAUGUAUGUGGUUUUAGCGAGAGAUGAGAAGGCUAAUAUCCCCCUCAAAUACAUCAAGGUGGUCAUGGAUCUUGAGAAGCUUCGUAGGUAUCCUUGGGGAGUUGAUGUUUAUGAUUUACUCUAUGAGUCAGUAGUAAAAACGCGUGACUUCCUAUCUGAGAAGACUACUAGUUACGUGUUCGAUGGCUUCUCCUACGCCUUGCAAAUUUGGACAAUGGAAGCUGUACCAAAGAUUGGAAAGCUCUGUGGUAAAAAUCUGGUCAAGGGUUUUAAGGAUGGCCCUAGAUGCGUUAACUGGGUGGGAGCUGCGAAGGUGUCAUAUGACGAGAUCAUUCACUUGGAGAGAAUCUUCACAAACGAGGAUGUCACUUUUCCAUACAUCUCAUGGACAGAGAAUAUGGAUGUUGUCGAUAAUGACCAAUUUCGCAGAGCUGGUGAUGUGAGGGAUGAUAGAAUCAUCGUUCUGAAGGAGAUGAUAAGUAAGAAGUAUGACUUCAAUCUUAAUGACGAAGCUGUGAAUGUUGAAGAAGCUGCGAAUGGUGAAGGAAAUGGGAAUGAGAGUGAUGAAGACUUUCAGACUCCAAGAGGAUCAACGAGUGAUGUGUCAUCUAAAAAGGGAAAGGGAAAGAAGAGGCUUCCGGAUCGUGGUAUGGAGACAUGA